AUGUCCAAUGUGUUGACCUAUGAGAACACCGGUGAUCGAAUGCUUGAUCUUCUUGUCGCGCAGUUGAAUACGCGCUUUGCCGAGCAGAACCGAACAUUCGACUUGGGCUCGUGGCUGCAAUUGUUCGCUAUUGAGAGUAUGGCUUUCAUGACCUUUCCCAGGCGGUAUGGUUUUCUGGAGAAAAGAAAAGAUGAAACGGGGCUUCUAUAUACUAUCAGAACUCUCUUGAAAAAGGCAUCUCCUUGCUGGCACCAGAUCACACAAAUGCCCUGGGCGGACUUUCUGUGGAAUAAGAAUCCCAUCGUGGCUUAUCUCAUGCUUACCACUGCACAGCCCAUUAUGGAUGCGAAUAUGACCAGAAUCCACCAACGUUAG